CCGCCUCCAGCCCCGCCCACCGUCCCGCCUACAGACCUGGUCCUCGCUUGCCUCCGAGGACUCUUACUUCCGCCUCAACCUGCCAGCUGUGAUCUGGUGGCCUACCGUCUAUGCCUGCGCUUGUGCUGCCUGACUAAAAAUACAGCAGAAGGCUCCGCGCAGCGUGAGAAAAUGGGCCCGAUUUUCAGGCAGUGCCUUGGACAACAGCAACCUGGGAGGGCCCCAAUUUGCCGAGGGAGACGUGGAGCUGAGGGGAGCGAGACGCCGCGGAGGAAGUGGAGCGCCUGGGCCGAGCUGGCGUGAGGUGUCCGUCCAGACCGACUCCACCAUGUCGAAAGUUUCCUUUAAGAUCACGCUGACGUCCGACCCGCGGCUGCCGUACAAAGUGCUCAGUGUUCCUGAAAGUACACCUUUCACAGCAGUCUUAAAGUUUGCAGCAGAAGAAUUUAAAGUUCCUGCAGCAACAAGUGCAAUUAUUACCAAUGAUGGAAUAGGGAUAAAUCCUGCGCAGACUGCCGGAAAUGUCUUUCUAAAGCAUGGUUCAGAACUGCGAAUAAUUCCUAGAGAUCGUGUUGGAAGUUGUUAGUAUCUGCUACUUGGAACAUGCAGUUACCUUGCAGGAUAAAUACUGGUAUUGUUCUUGUAAAAUUGGAAUCAGCCAUUUAAAAUACUCUGAAAACACCAAUAGUUGAUAAAAUGAUGAAAUGACUCCAUUCCUUCUUGUUCUCACACUCUUCAUGAGAAGAGGAAAGGCUUCACAUUGCGGGUGUCAUCACCACAGAAGAUCACAGACUUUUGUUGCUACUUUGCAGCACACACAGGUAGUUCAUUGACGGUAUUGGAUUUUCCAGCGGUGUUUUAUAACUGGAAGAUGCUUCUGAUAAUUCUUUCUGACAGUAUUUGGAAAUUAAAACUUAACUGAAUCUUUCUAUUCUUUGAGUUGAAAAUAUAAAAAGAUUUUGGAUCCAUGUGUGGCAGUUUGCUUGAUAGCAUCCGACUUGGGACACAAAAAUAAUUGAAUUACAUAUAUAUGUGUAUGCGUGUGUAUGCAUAUAUAUAUAUAUAUAUGGUAAUGGAUCACAUCAGUGAAUACUUAACUAUCUUCUUAUCAUUUAUCUUCCUUUUAAGUUUCAAACUUCAUGUGUUGAUAUAAAUUUUAAUUUAACAUCAAAGAACCAAAAAAAUUGAAUUUUUGAUCUAGCCCUUAUGUGUAAAACUGGUAUCCCACGCUAAUGAAUUUUAGCUCUGAUCUUGCAGAAUCCAGUAUGUGUAAUGCUGAGAAGUGAAAAUAAAGUAGAAGCAUUAAUUACUGAA